AUGCCUGUCGUGCUAGGAGUACCUAUUACUAUGUCGAUUGACAACUACACUGUGCGUGAAUUACUCACUUCAACAACUCUUGCCGAGGGAAAUAGAGCUGGUGUGUUGACAUUGGAAAUGUUAGAACAAACAACUGGAUAUCAGAAUGCACAACUUGCUAUAAGAAUUAAGACUAAUAAAAAGUACGACAAAUAUUUUAAGUCGCCCUACUUCGACAAUUUCACGCUGAGUAUUGUUUUGAUACAAGAAGUGAAACACACGAUUCUUUACUGGAACAAACCAGUUUGGCUGAAGGAUCUGCGCGAUAAAUGCCUAAACUGUGAGGUAAUCACAGACCGCACAAAAGCACGUGACGCCUCUGCGAUCGUAUUUUCCGGAAUGACGGACGACCUGGGCAAACCUCCAUUAAGUCCAGAAGAACGUAAACCAAAUCAAGCGUGGAUAUUUUCGUCUACUGAAACACCAAGGCACAUGUUCCAGGAGUAUUUGUCACCUGACUGGCAAGGAAUUUUCAACUGGACUUGGACGUAUCGCCCAACUGCUACCAUUUUCGUACCGUACGGAAUUUUCCUAACGAAAUUAAUCAUUCCGCAGAAGAACUACACUGAUAUUUUCAAUCGGAAAUCCAAGCUGGCAAUGUGGGUCGUUAGCCAUUGCAAAACAGAUAGUAAAAGAGAAAUAUAUGUCGAAAAGAUGAACAAAUAUAAGAACGGAACCGUCGAUAUAUUUGGUGGUUGUGGAAAAUACAAACCUACGUGGGAAGAGCUUGUAAAAAUCAUUACAAACUACAAAUUCUAUAUAGCCUUUGAGAAUUCCAUCUGCAUCGACUACUUCACAGAAAAGUUCUUCUUAGCAUUUGCCUAUGACAUAAUACCUGUUGUUCGGGGCGGUGCGGACUAUGCCAGAAACGUGCCGGAUGGAACCUACGUCGACACGCAAGAUUUCGAAUCCACGGAGGAAUUGGUAGAUUAUCUUAUUCAACUGGCAUCCGAUGAGAACAAAUAUACGGAAAUAUUGCGUCGAAAAGACCGCUACAAGUUAUACGCUGGUUCGCAUCUAUUCGAUGAAGGUGUAUGUCGUAUUUGCAAAAAGUUGAAUGAUAUUGACAGACAUCGAGCAAAUGUUUUGAAUAAUUCAGAAAUAAUGGGUAACUGUCGGUCGCCGACGGAUGAGCAGUGA